UCGUACGGCUUGGCCUCUCGUCUCAUCGAGCGGCGCACCGCCAUCAAAAGCCGGCGUAUCCCUGGAUUGAUCAAACGCCGCCGCAGCCGCCAGCAUGAACUUCCUGAGGAACUCGCGCUCCGCCUUCUCCCGGCUCCACCAGAUCGCCCGCCGCCACUGCAGCAGCUCCGUGCAUCCCCCGGCAGCUCCUCCAUCAUCAGGCACCAAACAAACAGGGCUCCUCUUCUCCGGCGCCGCGUUGUUCUUUGUCGGCACCUGCCACCGCGAGAAGGUGCCCUACACCAACCGCGUCCACUGGGUCUUCCUCCCUCCGUCAGUUCACCCCAAGUUUGGGAACAUUUUCUUCGACAAGGUCAAGAAGAAACGUGGACACGCCAUCCUUGGCCCGUCUGACCCCAACGCCGUCCGUGUCCGCCGCAUCGCCUCUGAUAUCAUCCGUGGAGUCCACGACGUCUUCCCCACCAAGAGCAGCCCCCGCGAAGAAGAUGACGGUACGCCGCAGACGAGGCAUCUCGAUGACCUCGACUGGGAGGUGAUCGUCAUCAAUAACGCCAGAGUUAAGGCAUACAGCUUCCCCAAUGGUAAGAUUGUGAUCCACACGGGAUUGCUCGACUGCCUAAAGACGGACGCUGAAAUCGCCGCCCUUAUUGCGCAUGAGGCCGGACACAUUGUUGCAAAGCAUUACAUGGAGGUUUCAAGGAUCAUUCCGCCUAUUUGUGACCUACUGGCCGUGCAAAGGAAUGAGAUGGAGGCAGACCUCAUCGGACUGAAGCUACUGGCAGCCGCUGGUUUUGAUAAACACGUAGCCCAUGGCGUCUAUGAGAAGUUCGGGGAGAUCGGACGAGAGUGGGGGUUUCAUCCUUGGUGUAAGAAAGAAUAACGGUUUUUAUCUGGAGGCAAGGUAAUGAAGGAUGCAUGCGUUGGAAUGGUGCAAGCAGGUUUGUGCCUGAAAAGUCGUUGAGCAAGGUUUUCCUUACGGUGGCAAGUUCUCUCAUAUUAAUUCGAUGUCAGAGUAACUUUGUAAACAAAAUUUGGAAGAUUUAAUACUUUGGUUGGCUGGCUGCAUGGUCUUGCUUUCACAAAAUUGAAACAAAAUUAGUGAUCUAAAAUGUCUUAUAUUAGUUUACAGAGGGAUUAUUUAUUACUCCCUCUGUAAACAAAUACAAGAUGUUUUAAGGAGUAUAUGCUAGAAUUGCUACUUGGUUGAGGGGCGCCUACAAGUGCUAUAUUUCUACUACCUAGGGCAUGUCUGGGGAUCGACCACUCGUGGUUGAGCCGGAGAUUGAACAGCAGCUCGUCUCUUUGAACCCAUCGGGAAGCGCCGGCUCGAGGUCUUUGAGGCAACGGACCUAGACAUGAAUGGCAGCGGCAGUGGUCAUGGACCUUGAAGGAAGGUUGAGAUUGUUUGCCUAGACUAUUGGUCAUGGACCUUGGAGGAAGGUUGAGGUUGUCUGCCUAGACUGCUUCUAGUCACUCUCCAUUGAUGGCCGUGUGGCUGGAUCGGGAACUCGGGAACAGUUCGUGUACUUUGUA